AUGGCGGGACACAAGGAAAGACUAGCGGGGUUGGAAAAACUUUCUUCAGAACAAAUGGAACGAUUGACGGAAGCCGAAGUGGCCCUGAGGGGACUUCAGGAUGAGGCGGAGGAUGAUAUUGCGCACAUAAGUCUGGAAUUAGAGCAAGAGAAUGCGGCAAACCGAGGGCUUCGUUCUACGCUCAAUGAUAAGGAUGCGAAAAUUGUGGGACUGAAGUCAAAAGUCGGGGAACUCAAUACAAAACUUGAGGACCUCGUAAGACAAGUGGGAGUAAUGAUAGUAGCCAUAGCAAACCAACCCCUCGGAGGAGGGAACGGUGCCACUAGGGGAGUCACUAGGAAGAAACACAAAGCCCCUCAACCUGCUAAAUGCUGCCAAAUGGUGGCGUGGCCAGAUGGUGGAAAUCAAAGCAGUUCGGGUGACCGUGGAGACGUGGGAUUAGCUAAAGACAUUGUCCAAGUAGAAGGGUUGGUGGAUUACCAUGUGGGGACAAAGAAAGAUGCGAGGCCGACCAACAGCGGUGCCCCUAAGAGUGGGGGUAACAAUGCUGCCAAGAGCGGAGGAGAUCGUGCCCCUGCUCAGUCCACAGGUGGGUCUGGUGGACAAGGCAGUUCGUGGGGUAGUUCGGGUGGCCAGAACGAUGGAUGGAGAGCUUCUUCUAGUGCACAAGCUGAGUGUCCCAAGAAGAAGAUCAUCAAUGCCCUGCUUGUGAAUGAUGCUGAGUCCCAACAUGGAGACCUUGUAGCGGAGGCGCAGGCUGAAGAAGAGGAAGAUGCGGGAGAAGACGCGAUGGGUGCCUUAUCCUUUUGUUAUGCCAUGAGUCCAGUGGAGAAGGCACUGACAAAAGGUGUAUCCUGA